AUGACUCAGCGUCAGGAGGACGCCACGUGGCACAAUCAGCAUUCAGAUGCCCCGGAAUUCGAGGAGCAGAACGGUGCACUGGGAAACGGAGGCGAUGGACGAAAGGAGGAGGAAGCUUCUGAAACGUCGCAAGAACUUAUUGACCGCUCGAGGGAUGCAGCAGAAAGAUGUGCUGGUUCAGUGGAGGGGGAAGUUUUUGGGGGUGGGUGGGGGGAUGCUGCAAUGGAGGGGCGAGAGAGUGAGAGGGGGAGGGAUAGAGCGGAUAGUGAGAAAUUUGUGUGGGUCAGAGUGGUGAGUGGGAGAGGUGUGAUUGGGAGGAGGGAUGAUGAGGACGAGAAGGAAAAGGAGCAUCUGGUGGAGGUGCUGGGAGACGAGCAGGAAGAGGAGGAUGAUGUUGAUGAAGCUGAUGUGAUCGAGGUUUCAGCCACUGAUGGUGAGAGUGAGGAGGAGGAGGGGAAAGGGGAAGAUGGGGAGGCAGGUGGGGAGGAGUGUGAGGAGGAGGAGGAAUGUGAGGAGGAGUGUGAGGAGUGUGAGGAGGAAGGGGACAUGGUAGAGGAGGUGCAUGGGAGCGUGGAAGAGGCUGACGUGGACUGUCCAAUCUGCGGCUGCCACCUGUCUCACCUGGAGCCAAUCAGACGCGAGCAGCACUCCAACGCAUGCCUGGAUGCGUGGGGACGGGACAGGGGGGAAGAGGAAAAGAAGAUUUGCGGAAUGGGGGCUGAUGGCAGAGCGAAGGGCACAGCACACGAGAAGCGAGAGGAGAGUGGGAGGUGGGUAGAGGAGGAGGGAGAGGAGGGAGAGGAGGGAGAGGAGGGAGAGGAGGGAGAGGAGGGAGAGGAGGGAGAGGAGGGAGAGGAGGGAGAGGAGGGAGAGGAGGGAGAGGAGGGAGAGGAGGGAGAGGAGGGAGAGGAGGGAGAGGAGGGAGAGGAGGGAGAGGAGGGAGAGGAGGGAGAGGAGGGAGAGGAGGGAGUGGAGGGAGAGGAGGAGAAUUCUGCAAUGGCUAGGAUGCUGUGGGGUAGGAUAAAGGCUGGUGGCAUGGGGAUGAAGAUGGGGCCAUGGAGGAGGAGAGAGAUGGUGGAGGGGAGGGGGGAGGAGCGUGAGGAAGAGGAGGAGGAAAGGGAGGAGGAACGGGAGGGGAAGGACAAGGGAGAGAAGGGAAGGGGAGAGAAGGAGAUGGAGGAGGACAUGGAGGAAACGGAGGAGGAAAGGCAGCAAGCGGGUGGACAAUCAGGUGGAAAUUCAGGGAAUGUUUCAGGCGGUUUAUCAGGUGCUGUUGGCGCCCAAAAAAGGCUAAUCACUGACUUCUUUGGAGGUGGCAACAGGCGCAGGCCACCCCAGCAGCAACAACGACCCCAGCAACAGCAAGCGCCUGGGGCAACCGCUUCACUGGCUGAGGUUUCCCGUGGGCACCAGCAGGGAGCAGGAAGAGGCGUGAAGUGGGGAGGAAGGUUCGCAGGGAGGGGCGGGAGUGGGAGAGGGGGAGGAGGAGGGAUGUCAAGGGGAAGAGGUGGGGGCUGGACGGGGGGAAGAGGGCGAGGUGGAAUGUCGUUGCCAGAAGCGUGGGAGAUGAUUCCAGGCACUGAAUUUUUAGUGGAUGCAUUCAAGCACACCUCGCCCUCCUGCCACCACUGGUUCCUCACUCACUUCCAUGCUGACCACUACAACGGUCUGACCAAAUCUUUCCGCUUUGGCACCGUCUACUGCUCCCCGGUCACUGCCCGGCUUGUGAAACUACGUCUCGGGCUGCCAGAAGAGAAAAUUUGCGAGCUGCACGUGGGCCAGCGGGUGGAGAUUGCUGGCGUGGGCGUGACACUAAUGGAUGCAAACCACUGCCCGGGGGCAGUCAUGAUUCUAUUCGAACCUCCUAACGGUCAGUGCUCCACACGGGCGACUUCAGAUGGCACCCCUCCAUGGCUGCUCUGCCCUGCCCUGCCUAGCUCGCUGCCACACGCCCACCAGUCCUCCUCACUUCCCUCUCUCCGCUCCCUCUCCUUCAUUCUCUCCCUCAUCACACCCCAGGCAGCAGUGCCUGCUUCUAUGGCAGCUCUGCCCUGCCUUGCUUGCUGCCGCAUGCCCACCACUCCCUUGCUUCCCUCUCUCCCGUGCCCGCUCAUGUGUGACAGCUGCCCUCACCACCCCUCCCUCAUCCCAUCCCAGGAAGUGCUCCACAGAUGGCUUCAGAUGGCAUCCGUCUCCAUGGCUGCUUGCCUGCCUUUCCCUGCCUUGCUUGCCACCACUCGCCACCAUUCCCCCUCUCCGUUCUUUCUUCCCCCUCCCUCCCUGUCCACACUCCAGGCGGUACUCCACACGGGCGACUUCAGAUGGCACCCUUCUAUGGCAGCUCUGCCCUGCCUCGCUGCCACGCGCAUUCACACGCUCAUCCUCGACACCACCUACUGCCACCCCAAGGUGAUUCAGCAUUCUCCGGGCAUGGCAGCUCUGCCCUGCCUCACCGCCACGCGCAUUCACACGCUCAUCCUCGACACCACCUACUGCCACCCCAAGGUGAUUCAGCAUUCUCCGGGCAUGGCAGCUCUGCCCUGCCUCACCGCCACGCGCAUUCACACACUCAUCCUCGACACCACCUACUGCCACCCCAAGGUGAUUCAGCAUUCUCCGGGCAUGGCAGCUCUGCCCUGCCUCACCGCCACGCGCAUUCACACACUCAUCCUCGACACCACCUACUGCCACCCCAAGGUGAUUCAGCAUUCUCCGGGCAUGGCAGCUCUGCCCUGCCUCACCGCCACGCGCAUUCACACACUCAUCCUCGACACCACCUACUGCCACCCCAAGGUGAUUCAGCAUUCUCCGGGCAUGGCAGCUCUGCCCUGCCUCACCGCCACGCGCAUUCACACACUCAUCCUCGACACCACCUACUGCCACCCCAAGGUGAUUCAGCAUUCUCCGGGCAUGGCAGCUCUGCCCUGCCUCACCGCCACGCGCAUUCACACACUCAUCCUCGACACCACCUACUGCCACCCCAAGGUGAUUCAGCAUUCUCCGGGCAUGGCAGCUCUGCCCUGCCUCACCGCCACGCGCAUUCACACACUCAUCCUCGACACCACCUACUGCCACCCCAAGGUGAUUCAGCAUUCUCCGGGCAUGGCAGCUCUGCCCUGCCUCACCGCCACGCGCAUUCACACACUCAUCCUCGACACCACCUACUGCCACCCCAAGGUGAUUCAGCAUUCUCCGGGCAUGGCAGCUCUGCCCUGCCUCACCGCCACGCGCAUUCACACACUCAUCCUCGACACCACCUACUGCCACCCCAAGGUGAUUCAGCAUUCUCCGGGCAUGGCAGCUCUGCCCUGCCUCACCGCCACGCGCAUUCACACACUCAUCCUCGACACCACCUACUGCCACCCCAAGGGGCAUGGCAGCUCUGCCCUGCCUCACCGCCACGCGCAUUCACACACUCAUCCUCGACACCACCUACUGCCACCCCAAGGUGAUUCAGCAUUCUCCGUGUCGAAGCGUGCGUGCGACUUGCAUGCAAGGGGCAUGGCAGCUCUGCCCUGCCUCACCGCCACGCGCAUUCACACACUCAUCCUCGACACCACCUACUGCCACCCCAAGGUGAUUCAGCAUUCUCCGGGCAUGGCAGCUCUGCCCUGCCUCACCGCCACGCGCAUUCACACACUCAUCCUCGACACCACCUACUGCCACCCCAAGGUGAUUCAGCAUUCUCCGGGCAUGGCAGCUCUGCCCUGCCUCACCGCCACGCGCAUUCACACACUCAUCCUCGACACCACCUACUGCCACCCCAAGGGGCAUGGCAGCUCUGCCCUGCCUCACCGCCACGCGCAUUCACACACUCAUCCUCGACACCACCUACUGCCACCCCAAGGUGAUUCAGCAUUCUCCGUGUCGAAGUGUGCGUGCGACUUGCAUGCAAGGGGCAUGGCAGCUCUGCCCUGCCUCACCGCCACGCGCAUUCACACACUCAUCCUCGACACCACCUACUGCCACCCCAAGGUGAUUCAGCAUUCUCCGGGCAUGGCAGCUCUGCCCUGCCUCACCGCCACGCGCAUUCACACACUCAUCCUCGACACCACCUACUGCCACCCCAAGGGGCAUGGCAGCUCUGCCCUGCCUCACCGCCACGCGCAUUCACACACUCAUCCUCCACACCACCUACUGCCACCCCAAGGUGAUUCAGCAUUCUCCGUGUCGAAGUGUGCGUGCGACUUGCAUGCAAGGGGCAUGGCAGCUCUGCCCUGCCUCACCGCCACGCGCAUUCACACACUCAUCCUCGACACCACCUACUGCCACCCCAAGGUGAUUCAGCAUUCUCCGGGCAUGGCAGCUCUGCCCUGCCUCACCGCCACGCGCAUUCACACACUCAUCCUCGACACCACCUACUGCCACCCCAAGGGGCAUGGCAGCUCUGCCCUGCCUCACCGCCACGCGCAUUCACACACUCAUCCUCCACACCACCUACUGCCACCCCAAGGUGAUUCAGCAUUCUCCGUGUCGAAGUGUGCGUGCGACUUGCAUGCAAGGGGCAUGGCAGCUCUGCCCUGCCUCACCGCCACGCGCAUUCACACACUCAUCCUCGACACCACCUACUGCCACCCCAAGGUGAUUCAGCAUUCUCCGGGCAUGGCAGCUCUGCCCUGCCUCACCGCCACGCGCAUUCACACACUCAUCCUCGACACCACCUACUGCCACCCCAAGGUGAUUCAGCAUUCUCCGGGCAUGGCAGCUCUGCCCUGCCUCACCGCCACGCGCAUUCACACACUCAUCCUCGACACCACCUACUGCCACCCCAAGGGGCAUGGCAGCUCUGCCCUGCCUCACCGCCACGCGCAUUCACACACUCAUCCUCGACACCACCUACUGCCACCCCAAGGUGAUUCAGCAUUCUCCGUGUCGAAGUGUGCGUGCGACUUGCAUGCAAGGGGCAUGGCAGCUCUGCCCUGCCUCACCGCCACGCGCAUUCACACACUCAUCCUCGACACCACCUACUGCCACCCCAAGGUGAUUCAGCAUUCUCCGGGCAUGGCAGCUCUGCCCUGCCUCACCGCCACGCGCAUUCACGCACUCAUCCUCGACACCACCUACUGCCACCCCAAGGUGAUUCAGCAUUCUCCGGGCAUGGCAGCUCUGCCCUGCCUCACCGCCACGCGCAUUCACACACUCAUCCUCGACACCACCUACUGCCACCCCAAGGUGAUUCAGCAUUCUCCGGGCAUGGCAGCUCUGCCCUGCCUCACCGCCACGCGCAUUCACACACUCAUCCUCGACACCACCUACUGCCACCCCAAGGGGCAUGGCAGCUCUGCCCUGCCUCACCGCCACGCGCAUUCACACACUCAUCCUCCACACCACCUACUGCCACCCCAAGGUGAUUCAGCAUUCUCCGUGUCGAAGUGUGCGUGCGACUUGCAUGCAAGGGGCAUGGCAGCUCUGCCCUGCCUCACCGCCACGCGCAUUCACACACUUAUCCUCGACACCACCUACUGCCACCCCAAGGUGAUUCAGCAUUCUCCGGGCAUGGCAGCUCUGCCCUGCCUCACCGCCACGCGCAUUCACACACUCAUCCUCGACACCACCUACUGCCACCCCAAGGUGAUUCAGCAUUCUCCGGGCAUGGCAGCUCUGCCCUGCCUCACCGCCACGCGCAUUCACACACUCAUCCUCGACACCACCUACUGCCACCCCAAGGGGCAUGGCAGCUCUGCCCUGCCUCACCGCCACGCGCAUUCACACACUCAUCCUCGACACCACCUACUGCCACCCCAAGGUGAUUCAGCAUUCUCCGUGUCGAAGUGUGCGUGCGACUUGCAUGCAAGGGGCAUGGCAGCUCUGCCCUGCCUCACCGCCACGCGCAUUCACACACUCAUCCUCGACACCACCUACUGCCACCCCAAGGUGAUUCAGCAUUCUCCGGGCAUGGCAGCUCUGCCCUGCCUCACCGCCACGCGCAUUCACACACUCAUCCUCGACACCACCUACUGCCACCCCAAGGUGAUUCAGCAUUCUCCGGGCAUGGCAGCUCUGCCCUGCCUCACCGCCACGCGCAUUCACACACUCAUCCUCGACACCACCUACUGCCACCCCAAGGUGAUUCAGCAUUCUCCGGGCAUGGCAGCUCUGCCCUGCCUCACCGCCACGCGCAUUCACACACUCAUCCUCGACACCACCUACUGCCACCCCAAGGGGCAUGGCAGCUCUGCCCUGCCUCACCGCCACGCGCAUUCACACACUCAUCCUCGACACCACCUACUGCCACCCCAAGGUGAUUCAGCAUUCUCCGUGUCGAAGCGUGCGUGCGACUUGCAUGCAAGGGGCAUGGCAGCUCUGCCCUGCCUCACCGCCACGCGCAUUCACACACUCAUCCUCGACACCACCUACUGCCACCCCAAGGUGAUUCAGCAUUCUCCGGGCAUGGCAGCUCUGCCCUGCCUCACCGCCACGCGCAUUCACACACUCAUCCUCGACACCACCUACUGCCACCCCAAGGUGAUUCAGCAUUCUCCGGGCAUGGCAGCUCUGCCCUGCCUCACCGCCACGCGCAUUCACACACUCAUCCUCGACACCACCUACUGCCACCCCAAGGUGAUUCAGCAUUCUCCGGGCAUGGCAGCUCUGCCCUGCCUCACCGCCACGCGCAUUCACACACUCAUCCUCGACACCACCUACUGCCACCCCAAGGUGAUUCAGCAUUCUCCGGGCAUGGCAGCUCUGCCCUGCCUCACCGCCACGCGCAUUCACACACUCAUCCUCGACACCACCUACUGCCACCCCAAGGUGAUUCAGCAUUCUCCGGGCAUGGCAGCUCUGCCCUGCCUCACCGCCACGCGCAUUCACACACUCAUCCUCGACACCACCUACUGCCACCCCAAGUACGAGUUCCCUCCUCAGGAGGUAGCGCUGCAGUUUGUGGUGGAAGCCAUUCAAGCAGAGGCCUUCAACAGCAGCGCACUCUUUCUCAUUGGCACAUAUACCAUCGGUGGGUUUGCUGCUGCUCCUUGUGAGUGUGCUCUCUGUGUUCUCUCUGUGCUCUCUAUGCACUGCAUGGGGCGCCUCAAUAGGCCUUCAACACCAACGCACUCUUUCUCAUCGGCACAUACACCAUCGGCCUUCAACACCAACGCACUCUUUCUCAUCGGCACAUACACCAUCGGUGCGUUUCCUGCUGCUCCUUGCAAGGAGAAGGUGUUCCUGGAAGCAGCCAAGGCGCUCAAGAAAAAGGUCUAUGUGGGGGCAGUGAAGAGACGCCUGCUGGCAUGCCUAGGGCUCUCACAUGAUGACAUGGCUGUGUAUGCAUGCAUCCCACCCCCCAUCCCACCCCACAUCCCAGGCAAGGAGAAGGUGUUCCUGGAAGCAGCCAAAGCUCUGAAGCAAAAGGUGUAUGUGGGGGUGGUGAAGAGACGCCUGCUGGCAUGCCUAGGGCUCUCACAUGAUGACAUGGCCGUAUAUGCAUGCACCUCCCAUCCCACCCCCAUCCCACCCCCAAUCCCACCCCCCAUCCCACCCCCCAUCCCACCCCCCAUCCCACUCCACAUCCCAGGCAAGGAGAAGGUGUUUCUGGAAGCUGCGAAAGCUUUAAAGCGGAAAGUGUAUGUGGGGGCAGUGAAGAGACGCCUGCUGGCAUGCCUUGGUUUGUCAAAUGAUGACAUGGCGUGGGUGGCUGGGGAUGGCGAGGAAGCUUCCACAAACCUGCACGCUGUGCCACUCUGGUCGAUCUCCAGCUUCAAGAGGAUUGAGCACAUUGCCAAGUUCCACAGGCAACGUUAUUCCACCAUAAUCGCCUUCUCACCAUCCGGGUGGGCGUUUGACAAGUGCAAGAAGGCUCGGCCCAUCAGGCGAACACAGCGAGGCACCAUCGUGAGGUGA